CGCGGCCCCAUGAACACCACCAACAUGGUGUACGGGGUGUGCAACGCCGAGUCCGGCUACCACAGCCAGCCCUACUGCAGCGAGCUGCAGCACUACUACGGCCAGUGUCAGAGCCACGAGGCAGUGCAGGGACAGACCUACAUCCCGCCCGCCCUCACGCCCACCGACCACCAUCGCCCGCAACACACGAGCCUACAGGACGCCCAUGUCCCUUCCUCCUACACCAACCUGGAUGACUACAGCAGCGUGUGCUACCCCGGCCACGCUGCGGGCGGCAUGGCAGCCACGCAGCACCACGUCUCGCAGAGCUACGACUACACGAGCGCCGUGCAGGCGGCGGCCGUGGCGGGCGGCGUGGGCGGCCAAACGGGCGUUAUGUCCCCGGCGGGGGCGGGAGGCUACCCGGGCUACCUGGACCCCGCCGCCCAGUACCGACACAUGAGCAUGGGCCUGUACGCCCACCACGAGGGCGUGCGGGAUGCCUGUGGGGUGGGCGGCAUGAUGGGAGGGUCGCCCCACGCGCUGCCCCACCACCAGCCGCAGCAGUCCGUGCCCACCUACAAGUGGAUGCAGGUCAAGAGGAACGUACCAAAGCCAGCGCCCAAGACCGACUAUGGGGGCUUUGGGGGCGGCACGGGACGCACCAACUUCACCACCAAACAGCUGACGGAGCUCGAGAAGGAGUUCCACUUCAACAAGUACCUGACGCGCGCCAGACGCAUCGAAAUCGCCUCUGCGUUGCAACUUAACGAAACGCAAGUAAAAAUCUGGUUCCAGAAUCGACGAAUGAAACAGAAGAAGCGAAUGAAGGAAGGACUUAUCGCCCCCGAACCCCCCACUGUGUCCACGCCCAACGAGAACAGCAACGACUCGGACUCCACCGCCACCACCGGCGGCAGCGCGGGCGGCGGCUCAGCUGGCGGCUCCAGCGGCGGCAGCGGCGGAGCGAGCGGCGGCGUCACCACGAAACCUGAGUCGCCGGGGUCGGGUGGCGGCGGCGAUACCCAGCCUCUACAAGUGACCCCUGCCACCACCAAGCCCAAGACGCAAGCGCUGCCCGCCACGACCCAAAGCCCCUCGUAAGGGUAAGGCCGGGGCCUCCGUGCCCGUCAGAGCUUUAACUUGGGUUGUGAGCGAGGCGGCCCGGAGCAAGGACGACUCUCGGCCGCCCAGACUUCUCCGCGAGUGCCGGACUCUCCCAACGGUCUCAGGGUCCUCUUAUCACUCCCGCUGCGGCAGGGCCCCGCUGAGGCGCGGCACCUGCCAUCCGGCGACCAGAACAGCGAGGAUCAGCGCCGUCAGCAGCCCAUCACGUCACGCGGCCCUCCUCCCUUCCUCGUGAGAUAAGGAAACACCUCGGACGUGCCGCCGGUGUUCGGUUGCAUAACAAUGUGAAGAGAAAACUUGCUGUCAUCCCGUCUGUCUUCAUCUCUGACAUACUGGGCUCGGGGUCCUGAGCCGGUGGUGAGGGAAGGACGUGUGUGGGCCCAGUGAAAGGGGAUGCCAGAAGGGACCUGCAUAGUUACACAGAUCCCGCACCAGGAGGGCGGCGGGACCCGCCUCGCGUCGGCACGGUGGUGGCUGUCAUCUGCUUCUUGCUCAGGGAACUGUCACUCAGUGCAGUAGCCUUCACACUAACUCUGCUCGCGCUGCCGCUCGGCGCGGUGCUGUUGGGCUGUUGGUCACUUUAAUGCUGCUCCAAUCCGUGCGUGCUGCCACCGCCUCCCCUCCCCGGCAAUGUCGUGCAAUAUUUCACGCAUUGGAUCACUAUUGGCUGGUUAGACUGGUGGUGAUGAAGGAAGUUACGAUCAUGCUCGGCAUAAGAAUACUGCGAGUGUUAUGUACAGCUUUGUACACAAUCAAGGACAUGUGAAUAUAAAUACGUAUAUAUAUUUAAAUUUAUAUUUUUCUGAUACUCGUAUACUAUAAACACAUUGUAAAAAUAUCAUUGUCACGUUUUGCCUUCGCAUGUGGACCUCCCUCUGGCGCAGGUUUCCCUGCUCAUAUCGUCUCCCUGGUGCGGCCGCCGCGGCACCGACGGAUGCAUGUCAGCCACUCAUGGUAGUCACCUCAGUCUCCUCGGUGUGUCUGGAGGAAGGCGAGAGCGUCUCGUUGCCGCCCCUGGACGCCGUGACGGAACUCCCCGGCCUCCCCGCCCUUCCCUGCCCCUCCACGCCCCUCCGGACUGACGAGGGGGCAGCGGCGGAGCCAGACUCGCCGCAUCAUCUGAAGGAGUUUCCUGAGACAGUGACUUUUACUCAAGAUUCUUUUUACAACUUUUCACUAAACUGAAAUGGUAAUGGGGCUUUUGAAGCACAUGGGACCCAGAUUGCGAGUCGAAAAAUGUUUCCUAACAAGCAGACGCGCGCUUCACGUUACUAACAAGUGUAAUCUGUACAAAGAAAGUAAUAGUGACUAAUCUAUCUUUCCGGGAACUGGACGCGAGCUGACUCUCGAAACUCAAGAGAGAGUCAUCAACGAGUCGAGAAAUAAAAUUAAACAAAAAAAUACUGAAAGCCAAGAAACUGCAACACUAAAAAUAUUUUUAUCCUCACGAGGACACUUCCUCUCCCCCUCAGCCCUGUAUCCUCCUCGAAUGUGCCUCCUUCAUCACAAACAUUCCAUACAUUGACUCUCCUCCUCCUCCUCCUCCUCCUCCUCCUCCUCCUCCUCCUCCCGGCGCCGCGCCAUCAUCGUGGGCGCGGGCAGGUGUCACCGCUCCUCCUCGGCGGCAGGUUUCUCAUUAUUGUCAAGAAAACAUCGACUUUCUUUUUCUCCGCAUCGGGAAGAAGACAGUUUCAUUUUCUAUCAUAAUUUAUACAUACUGAACGUUUUAUUUUUGCUAUGUGACGCGUGAGUGGCGUGUGUGUGCGUGAGUGUGUGGACGCCGCGUGAGUGUGCGCUUGAGGGCUCGUGUGUAUAUUUUGUACAAAGCGUUUACUGGUAAGAUUAUAAUAUAUGAAAUUUUAUUAAGAAAGGUGAAUAAACAUAACAAAACCCAUUGUGCUUUAAACCGACGCUGCCAGAGACGCUCACCCCCCCUGCCCCUCACCCCCCUUUACCCCUCACCCCCCCUUACCCCUCACCCCCCUUACCCCUCACCCCUCUUCCUGGGACGCGGACCUUGUAUGAGUACGCUAUAGUCCCGUCCUCUCCCCCCUCUUCAUCUCUAUCUAUCUAUCUAUCUAUUUAUCUAUUCAUAUAUUGUAUCUGCAUCUCUGUUUUUCUCUCUAUCUAUCUGUCUUGUCUUCCCAACAUUAUCUAUCUCCUCCUCCACCUCCUCCUCCUUCUCCUCCUCCUGCUCCUCCUC